GCCAGCUGUUUACAUCGGCAUAAUGGACACCUCCAUCCGCCAAUAGCAGACGUCUCUGUAGAAUUUGUCAGGUUUUGGUCUACUGUAGGCGGGUCUUGUAAACAAUGAUUGUUUCAUUGCUGAAGAGUUUAUCGAGACUUAGCCAGGUUGUUGUAAGGGGCCUUCCUCCCCAAAUGUUGUCCCGUAGAGCACCUUUGGAUAGUUUCUGAAUGGAGUUAGCGCAAUUUUCCUUUAAUCGGCCGGAUCUUGUGGAAGAUUUGGAUUUUUAACUUUAAGAUUCGCCAUUUCAAGUCGGCAGAAUGCCGGAUAAGGACACGGAUAUGCCUGGAACCCUAAGGACAGUAUAGCCAGGACUGGCUUAUUCGGAAUUUCCGAUCGAACAAUUUCUUUUAUCAAGUUUACCUAUUGUGGAUGAUGGAUGGCCGUGAUUUUGGACACCCCAGAUCUGUUCACGUCCCCCCUCCUUUGCUGUCGGGAUUGUCAAUGGAGCAACACCGACUUGGAGCAGCCGCUGCAGCCGGGAGAAUACCCUCUUCCCCCGGUCACUUGGGCGCGGGGCACCCGGCGUCAAUUCACUCUGGAAAAUUCUUAUCGUCUGCCAUUAACCUACAUUCUCAUCACAGUGAUGCCUUCCCAGGUGCCUCCAGUGGCUUCCUCAGCAGCUAUGUGAGCGGUUCCAACCCUCACACCACCCCCAGUGGCCUCUCCUCCGAGCCCUCUUUCAGGCCCCCCAACCCCUCCGCCAUUCCCAUGGCCCAGCUGUGGGCGUCCCAUGAAGGUUACUCACAUCUGCCUGGCAGUUUGUACUCCAGCCCCUACAUUCCCGUCGGCCAUAUGGAACACCCACAGCUGGGCCAGCAUGCACUCUUCGACUCACAAAAAGAAGGCUUCUACCUGCCCAGUCCCGUGGGGCAACAGUCUUUGCACUCCCAGUCCAGCCUCUCCCGCAGCCCUGGUGCCCACAUGCCCAGCUCCCUGUCCAGGGAGAAGGAGCCUCUGCCUGCCCACAAAAGCCUGAGGGACCCUGUGAGGGAGCGGGAAAUGGGGAAGGAAAAGGCCUUCAAGAUUGAGUUGGGAACCCCACUGCAUAGGCGGGAACGGGAGAGGGAACGGGAGAGGGAACGUGAGAGGGAACGGGAACGUGAGAGGGAACGGGAACGUGAGAGGGAACGGGAACGUGAGAGGGAACGGGAACGUGAGCGGGAACGGGAGAGGGAACGGGAACGGGAGAGAGAACGGGAGCGUGACCGGUCCAGGGAGGAGCAGCGCCCCCACAGCGUAGUGGACCUGACGCAAGAUGUCAAGACCGAGGACGAGCGGGAGCGGCACCCUCUCUCCGGGUCAGAGCGGCUAGGAAAGGGUGGCAUGGAGCACGCGUGGCCGGCCUUCCACCAGCACCCAUUUGGGCCGAGCACGCCCGACGCCAAACCCAAGCAUCCGCUGCAGACGUCGUCGCUCAGCAACUGCAGGAGCGGGGGAAGCGGCAGCGGGCAGGGCGGUUCUUCGGCCCGCUGUGCCAGCGGAGAACCCGACCGCGACCGGGGUCUCCGUGACGACGAGAACGCUCGACCCAGCGUCGCCAGCCACCACCUCGGGAGCCACGUGGACCGACAGAAGCGGUGCGACUCGGUGUCGGGCUCUCCCGGAGGUCCCCUGCACAUGUCUUACGGCGUCCCCCCCUCCCUGCAGAGCCCGCUGUCCCACCUGCCUCCCCGGCUGGUGUCUUCUGGCACCUACCCUCCCCCUCACCACAUGCCGCCUGGCCUGUACCCCUUCUACUCGGCCGCCAAGGAGCCAGGAAAGGAACACCGAGUGAUCGCUCCCACGUAUGUGCCUUCUGUCGAGGUUUACGACGAGAGGAAAGGACCGAUCCAGAUUGCCUCGCAAGCUCGAGACAAUAAAAACGACAAAAGCAGGGAGAGAGAGAGGGAGAGGGAGCGAGAAAGAGAAAGAGAGAAAGACAGGGAAAGAGAGCGGGAAAGAGAACGAGAGAGGGACCGGGAAGCCUACAGAUCAGUGCCACUGGUUGACAGGACUCAUGUUGACCACGGGCGGCCCUUGGUUAGAAAUGAGUCCCCCCCUCACUCAGACUACAAAAGAGACCUCUUGAGGGAGGAAGGCUCUGUCAUAAGGUCAAACGGUUUAGCCAUAAAACGACCCCCUCCCGCCGACAUGUGCACGAGCAAAUCCAGGCACAGCCCCGACGUCCGGGACUACUCCAGCGUCCCGUCCAGACACCCCAUUAAAAUGGACCUGGAGGCAGAGAGCCGCAGCCAGGAGCGAGAACGAGAGCGGGAGCGGACUGCCCGGCCUGCGCACCCCUUUGCGGGGAUGGACCCAGCUGCAAUGCACACAGAUCCACAUCCCCUGAAGGGCUUUGCGACUGCCGAGCCCAAAUGGAAACCUUUUGACAUGGGCAACUACGCCACCAGCCACAUGGCUGCUCUGGCUGCCCACCACGGACACGUGGGCCGCGGAGGGGACGAGGACGGGGGCAAGCGAAUGUACCUCGACCCCUCCGGCCUCCACCACAGGCCCUCCGGCAGCAGGAACAGCCCCGAGGGCCUCCAGCCGGACCCUCACCCCGCGGGCGAGGUGUCGGCCAUGCAGAGUCUCAUCAAGUACAGCGGAAACUUCCCUGGCGAGCCCGGCGCCAGGCACCCCUCUUCUUCCUCCUCCUCCUCCUCCUCCGCCUCCUCUGGCGGUGGAAGGAGCCCGUUCGGUGGGCUCGGGAGCAUGAAGCUAGAGGCUGGCCACAGCCACAACCACGGGCACGGCCAUGGCCACGGCCCUGGCCACGGCCCUGGACCCGGCGGCGUGUCCAAGGUACAGCACCUUCCCCCGCAGCAGCCCGGUAAGCAGCUGAAGAGGGACCCGGAGAGACCCGACAGCGCCAAGUCCUUUGGCAGAGACGCGGGCGGCGGCGGCAGCACUCAGGGGGAGGUGGAGGUCCGGCAUCCGCCUGUGGGCAUCGCUGUGGCUGUGGCGCGUCAGCGAGACAACAACAGCAAACCCAGCUCAGGACCAGGGGACCGUGAGAGGACCAUCCCUGGAGGAGGCAUCAAAAACUCGGGUCACGCUGAGGACGAUCGAGGAGAUGAACGCACACGUCACCGUGACGACCGGCUCCUAACUGGCCGCCUCGAGCGAGAACAGGAGAAGGUUUUGAGGGAGAGUAAGGAGCUGGCUGAGUACACUCAGAUGCACCCCCCAAUGGUGUCGGCCAGUGGACUCAACCCUAACCUGGUGGUGACCGGUGGGCCGGCCCUGGCUGGAACGGGGCGUUGGCCCGGCGACCCGGGCUCCCACCUGGCCUCGCACCCCUGGCUGCCACGCUCCGCCACUCCCUCCGUCUGGCUGCAGGGGUCACCUUACGGCCUGCCACCCCCCUCCAUGCACCAGGGCCUGUCCCCUGGCUACCCUCCUGCCAUGCCGGGCUCCAUCCCAGCACCGUACCAGUUUGCCCGCGAUCCCCAGUCUGGCCAGCUGAUUGUCAUUCCUGCGGAGCAUCUCUCCCAUUAUGCUGCGGCGGAGUUGAUGGAGCGCGCGCCCCCUCUGUGGCCUGCGCUGUACCCUCCGGCGGGCAGCUCCCUGCAGCACGCUCACCAGCUCCAGCUGCUCUCCCACCAGCAGCUCGUGCGCCAGCAGGAGCUCUACAUGAUCCAGCAGCAGGCCGCUCAGGUCAUGGAGAUGCAGAGGAACGCACAGUUCGUGGAGAGGCUAAAGGCCAGCGAACAAAGGGCCGACAUGGAGGACAAAGUGGACAAGAGAGGCAGUGAGGGGACCCAUAAGACGGGCCUCUCGGCCGUCUCCGCCCCGCCGCUGCACCCUCGCAAGCCGCCGCACCGCUCGCCGACGCCGUCCACCUCGUCCUACACCAAGGCCCUCACGCCGCUGCCCAUUGCCCCGUUGCCGUCCCCGUCCGUCACGACGCUCAAGUCCGAGGAGCAGCAGCACCUCAAGGCCGAGAAGCCGUUCCCGCCGCAGUCCUACUCGCACCCGUCCACCCCAGCCCCGCACCCCCCCAGCCCGGUCUCGGCCUCCCCACCGCCCCCCUCGCCCCCCUCGCCCAUCCGACCCAAAGAGGAGUCUGUGGAGGUGGCUGAGAAGGAAGGACUGGAGCUACAGAAGCAGGCUUCAGCCCCCUUUCAGUCCAUGUAUCAAGAACUUCCUCCCGGCUAUCCGUACCAGCCCCUAGCCGCUCCGUUCGCCAGCCACUACCCCUACCUCCUCCAGCCGGCAGCAGCCGCGGACGCCGAUGGCCUGGCCCCGGACGUGCCUCUACCAACCGAGCCCUCGGAGUGCCUGGCAUCCUCCGCCGCCGCCGCGGCCUCGGCCGACGUCAAACCCCGGCACCUGUGCUCUCCGGUGGUGGUGGAGCCGCUGCAGGCCUCCCGAGAGCCGGAGACGCCGGAGAGGAAGAGCGGCGCCCCCUCCCCCAAGCAGGAGCCCCAGCUGGAGGACUGCAAGGAGGGCCUGAGCCAGGAGGGCCUGGGGGCCCUGCGCCACUCCAGGGACGCAGAAGUGGCCUCAGCAGCCGUCUGCAUGGAGGACGCCAUCGGCCCAGCGGGCCUGGAGGUCCAGGAUCGACCCAGACUGGACGAGCGCAUGGAAGGCAGCAAGGAAGCAUCUGGCGGAGGCAUUAAAGUGGAAGUGGCGGUGUCCUCGUCGUAUGGUUGCACCCCACCGUAUUCCAUCCCAGAGGCCCCGCUCCCAGAUGGCAGGCCCAAGGUGGAGGUUCCGGAGAGGUACAUCAGGCUGGCGGACUCGUCCUUCCAGCCCUCUGUGGGCCCACCUGAGGCCCGUCCUCAGGAGACCGAGCCGGUCCGUCCGUCCGAACAGGCCGCCCCCACACCAGAGCAGCUCAGCGCGGGCCGUGAGCCACAGGAGCCCGUGUCUGCGUCCGCUUCCUCUGCGUCAGCGUGUCCAGACGACGAGGCCCCGCAAUCCGACAAUCUGUUCCCCACGCACCCCUCUCCCGUGCCCCUGCAUUCAGCCCUCCCCCUCCCGGCCGGUGCCCCUGUCCUCACCAUCCUGCCCGAGGACCCCAUGGCGGGCAUGAUCGCCCUGCUGGCCGCCAGCGAGUUGCCGCAGGCCGGCUCCCUGUCCGUUCUGGCAGCUGACCGCAGUGCUGGCAUCUCCUCUCUGGAGUCGUCAGCCCUGGAGGGCAUGACCCUGCUCAGCCAGCUGGCCGAGUUGGAGAUGGAACGGCGGCAGGACGACGCAGCGCAGUCAGGCCUGGACUUCUGCGGCCUGGACAGUCUCCUCGAGGCCAGCAGGCAGAUUCUUCUGGAGGCCAUCGAGAGCCAGUCUCACAUCCAACUGCCCCGAGAACUCGACCCAAACAAGCAGUACAGCUGGAGGCAAAAGAAGGAUGAGCCAAUGUUCUCCAAGGCCUCGCUGGAGGCGAUUGAUGCCAUGGAGGUGGAGUACCGCAUCCGGCUGGCUGAGCUGCAGAAGAGGUACAAGGACAAGCAGCGGGAGCUGGGCAAGCUGCAGAGGUGGAAGGACAGCCAGGUUUUUAGGGAGAAGCACCAGCAGCAGCAGCAGCUGCUCCAGCAGCAGCAGCAGGAGGAGGCCAACAGGAGCCUGGGCAGACGGGGGCCGGGGCGGCCACGCAAGCGCAAACACGGCCUCUGUGCGCUCUCGCCUCAGAGGACUACCAGCAAACCGGACGCCAAGUGCACAAAGACGGGCAGGGGGCUGCACUACUCUGAGGACUCUGAAAGCGGGGAAGUUCUGAGGAAGCGGUUUCGUGCGUCCAGUCGGGAUGAAGACGAGGAGCUGGACAGCGGAGGCAUGCGGGGGAAGAGGAAGCAGAAGCGGUGGAAUGACCCGGAAGCCUCGUCCAGUUACUCCCAUGAGGUGCCUAAAAAGGCCCAUAAAAAGGGCCGAGUGAGUGAGCAGGAGCAGCUGGCCACCAAGCUGGACAAGGCCUUGUCGCUCACUAAACUGGGUAAAUUCAACAAGUCCUCCUGUAGGUUUACAGACACCCCCUCAGGGAAGUCUAGGGCUAGCGGGGCCAGCGGAAGUGGCGGCAGCGGUAGCAAACGGCCCACUCUCUCGGACGCUGACUCCCGGGCAGGCCGGCCGAGCAAGUCGGGCCUGUCCAAAGACCUUGGCACCUUCGUGCACAAGUCCUCGUCCAAAGGAGGUAAAAGCAAAAUGGCCGGCAAAACAAAAAACCCUGACGCGAGCCUCAAGGGAAGAUCACAGCGGAAGGUGACUUACUCCCCGGCAAGAUCCGAAGCCAGCAGCUACUCCAACAACACUGACUCUGAGGACGACGACUCGCUGAAGGAUGGGUGGCUCCCACGCUCCAUGCUUAGCCGACCCAGUAGCUCGCGCCACCCCAUGCCGGGCAUGUCCAGAACUCCGUCCAAGAAGAAACGUUCGGCGUCGAAAAGGGCCUGCGCCUCACCGGCAACCCUCAAAGCCAAGCAGGCGGCCAAAGACCGGAAACACAAGCACUUUGCAAUGCUGCUGCAGGAGGCAGGCGUCAGCUCCUCAGAGGACUCGUUCGACCAAGAGUAUCUCACAGAUAGGGAUGAGUAUGACGAGGAUGACUACAAGGAAGACGAGUACGAGUAUGAUCUGGACGAGAGCGAUGGGCUGUGCUCUUCCUCCUUCGAGGAGAGUGGGCUCGGGAUGCUAGCCCGCUUCGCUGCCAGCGCCAUCCCAAGUCCAGUUGUCAGCAACCCCUUGUCCCUCAUCCAGCUGGAGGCCAAGGAGAAGGCCAAGAAGAAACAGGAGAGGCAAAGCAUUCUGGGCCCUGACUUUGAUUUCACCGACUCGGAGAGUGACGGAAAAAUCCGGAAAAAGUUCCCCUCCCUGCUCCAGGGCAAGCGCUCUGCUCCAGAGCUCCCUCUGCUGCCCCCGGCCAGCGUGGUGCGCGAGGAGUCUAGCCCCAGCAAGCGCGGACGGAAGCCCAAGAAGGUCAAAUCCCCCAGGGAGUUCAGCUUGGACUUUGGGGCCGACGGCAGCGACGAUGACCGCUGGACGCGGCGGCGCAGCGAGCGCAUCUUCCUCCACGAUGCCGCCGUGGCCAAUCCUGUCUCGCCCACCAACAAGCCCCCACCUCCCCGCCCCCCCAAAUCCAACCCUCAGAGCCCCAAGGAACUCAACAAGCCCAAGGAGAUGAAGGAGAUGAACAAGAAAAAGAAGGGUAAGGAGAGCCCGACAUGUGUGGCACCCCCUCAGCUGUCCAGUUCGCACAUAGAGAACACCCCUGUUGUGCCCGCCAGCCCCGGACGCAAGGCCAAGGUCAAGCCCAAAGCCAGAGAGCAGGUGCGCUCAGGAAAGGGUGGUGCCGUCAGCAGGCUGAUGGAAAGCAUGGCGGCCGACGAGGACUUCGAGCCCAACCAGGACAGCAGCUUCUCCGAGGACGAGAACGUAUCUGUCAACACGUCACAGCCCGAGAGGCCCUGCACACCUGCUCCGCGCAACUGCGUCAUUGACAAGGACGAGCUGCAGGAUGGCCUCCGGGUCCUCAUCCCCAUGGACGAUAAGCUGCUCUAUGCCGGCCACGUCAACACCGUCCACUCCCCUGACAUAUACAGUGUGGUGGUGGAGGGAGAGAGGGGGAACAGGCCUCACAUCUACUGCCUGGAACAGCUUCUACAAGAGGCGAUUAUCGACGUGAAGCCCCCAUCUGUGCGCUACCUGCCCCCGGGGACCCGGAUCGCCGCUCACUGGAGCCAGCAGUACCGCUGCCUGUACCCUGGCACCGUUGUUCAAGGGACUUCUGACAUGGACGAAGCAGACGACCUGAUAACAGUGGAGUUUGAUGACGGAGACACAGGCCGAAUUCCCCUGUCACACAUCCGGCUGCUUCCCCCCGAUUACAAGAUCCAGUGUGCGGAGCCAUCCCCGGCUUUACUAGUGGCCUGCACUAAGCGACGUGGUCGGAAGAUGAGCAAGGACAUUCCGGAAAGUGAAGAAACUGGCCUCAAGCCCUCGGAGGAAACGGUCCCGAAGAGCCGCGGCCGAGGGAGAAAGCCCAAGCCCAAGCCUGAUCCUGAAGUGGCUCCAAAGGAGCAUGAAAAGCCUGCUGACGUACCAGCCCCUCCGCCGGCCAAGGAGAAGGUUCUGGCGGCCCCGCGUCCUGGACCCGGCCCCCGGCCCGGUAGGAAGAGCCAGCCAGGAAGCGGUAGUGUCGCCAGCAUGGCGUCCGCCAUCUCGGCACAGCCAGGCGAGAGCCAGAAGAAGCCGGCAGGAGUCAAGCCCCUGGCCAAGGCGCGUCCGCCACAGUCGGUCUACAACACGCCGAUCUACGGGAAAGUCCUCUCCGUUGACCUCUACAACGACCCGUCCACUUCCCUGGCCGUGUUCAUGUCCGGGAAAGAGGCUGGCGCCGUGGGUGGCGGCAGCAGCAUCGGGAAGGCGAAGCCGGCGAAGCGUCUGAGGAAGAGUGAGGAGCUGGCAGAGCCGGCACCUUUCGGCACUAAGGCCCAGAGGAAGCAGCCGCAGGCCGAGAUCCUCAUCAAGCUGGACCACGAGGGGGUCAUGUCACCCAAGACCAAGAAGACCAAGGCGCUGAUGUUGAUGGAGGAGCAGAAUCUAUCCAAAAGGGAGAACAAGGCUGUUCUCGGGGUGGGCUACACCACAGUCACCAGCGCCACAAGCAACAACAAUAACAACAACAACAACAUCCCAAACAACACAUCCACCACCUCCUCCCCAGCUCUCUCCACUACCGUUAACACCGGUGAGAAAAACAACAGCAAGCUCAAGACCACACCUGAAGCAGAAGCGCCAAAGGUAGAGGGUGGGUCCAGCUACGGAGUCCGAAAAGUGAGCUGUGGCAGCGAUGGCCUGGUUAAAGUCAAGGGCUCUGGAGAGGUGGCGAAAGCAGGCGUGGACGAAGAGGAGUCUGCCAGCAGUAGCAGCAGCAGCAGCAGCAGCAGCUCGGAGUCUGAGCCCGAAGACGAGCGGUCCCCAGCCACCGCCGCUGCCGCCGUCGCCACUGCUGCCACCAAGAAGGAUAAGGUGCAGGACACCAGCUCCAACAGCUCAAGGGCCUCCAGCCCCAUCUCGUCCAACACCUCCAACUCGUCCAGUUCGUCCAGCAGCAGCUCCUCGUCCUCCGCCGGCUCCAACUCUUCCUCCUCGUCCUCCACCUCGUCCACCACCGAUGAUGAAGAGGAGGAGGAGGAGGAGGAAGAAGAGGAGGAGUCAUGCAGCUCUGACGAGGAAGCAGCGGCCAUCCCUCAGGCCUCCCUGGCCACGGCCAUGGAAGUGGCCCCCCAGGAGGAGGACGACGAAGAGGAGGAGGAGGAGAAGCAGGAGGUGCCGGCCGAGGAGGCCCAGGCCCAGACCACCAAGGUCCGGAAACAGGAGCAGAGGGGUCAGGCCCAGUUGCCUCAGCAGCAGCAGAAACAGAAGGAGCCAAAGUCCCAGAAGCUCAAGCAGCAGGGGAGCGGCCGGCCCAAGAGGCGGGAAGGCAUCCACCUGCCCACCACCAAGGAGCUGGCCAAGCGCCAGAGGCUGCCCUCGGUGGAGAACCGGCCCAAGAUCUCCGCCUUCCUGCCGGCCCGCCAGCUCUGGAAGUGGUUUGGGAAGCCUACUCAGAGGCGUGGAAUGAAGGGGAAAGCAAAGAAGCUGUUCUACACGAUAGUGCGCGGCAAGGAAAUGAUCCGCAUCGGUGACUGCGCCGUGUUCCUCUCGGCCGGCAGGCCCAACCUGCCCUUCAUCGGACACAUCCAAGCGAUGUGGGAGUCCUGGGGCAACAACAUGGUGGUCCGCGUCAAAUGGUUCUACCACCCCGAAGAGACCAACCCUGGCAAGAAGCUCAACGACAAGAAGAACUGGGAUCAGAUGUCUGGAAGGAGCCUUCCCCCAGCUCUGCAGGUAUCCAACCAAAGGAAAGACUUCAUGGAGCGAGCACUCUACCAGUCCUCACAUGAUGAAAACGACGUGCAGACCAUCUCCCACAAGUGUCUUGUGGUCAGCCUGGAGCAGUACGAGCAGAUGAUCAAGACCAAGAAAUACCAGGACAGUGAGGACCUGUAUUACCUGGCGGGCACCUACGAGCCUACCACCGGCAUGAUCUUCAACACGGACGGCGUGCCCGUCAUCUGCUGAGCCUUGGCUAUUGAUCCGUCUCUCUCUCUCUCUCUCUCUCUCUGACGUGACUCUUUCGUUCUGUCUGACCCGGGCCACUCACUCACACACUCUCUCUCUCUCUCUCUCUCUCUCUCUCUCGCUCUCUCUCUCAGUGCUCAAACCCCCGUACAGCUCACAGCAGCAGCGAGGAACGGGCGGGAAAUGUACACAGAUCUUUUACAAGGGCUGAGCAGGUGCUUUAACCGAGACAUUACUUUUCAAUCCCCCUCCCUGAUCUGCGUAGAGCUUGGUGAGCAAUAGUGUGUGAACGACAUUGACGAGAGAGACAAUAGAAAGGUGUUCGUGUACUGCCUUCUGUGGAGCGUUGAGCGAGGACACCGGAAAUUAUUUCACUGGAUUUGACUGGUGGCUUUCGCCCCAAAUUGGAUGCCUUCAGACUUUAUUUUUUGUUUUCAAAAAGACUUCCAUUACACUUCGUUUUGGAGUCAGUGGCAGCUCACAAUGUGUCUGUAUUGAACCCAGGCCCAGGGAGGGGCUCGGGAGAACUAAUUGGGAGGAUAUUUUUAACCCUGUUUAAUGGAGCACAAUCCGUUUCUGUUCAGACUUGGAGUAUCUAACAAGGACAAUGAAAGAAAGAAAAGCCGUUCAGCCUUUGGGAGAGUCUUUUCCGUUUGUCAUUUUGGGGAAGGGAAGAAGGAAAAGUGUGAGUGUGUGUGCACACAGACGUGUCAUCGAGAUAGAGAGAGUGUGUGUGCACGCAGACGUGUCGUUGACAUCGAGAGAGCGUGCGUGGGGAACGACAUCUUCAAGAGUCAACUGCAUCUGCACAGCUGAGUCCUCCUAUGUCUCCAAACAUCACCAGCACGACUCAAAAUGGAGGUGACACUACUCCCAUGGGACACGCUCUCCAGGGCCAUGGGUGGCACAGACAUGCGUGUGGACGGCGGCGGUGAUGCUGGUGGAGGGGUGUUUGGCCGCCCACACACAUCCGGGUGCUCGGGGAGCAGCCUGUAGAGAGCGUGAUCCAAGCUGACAAGCCUCAUCACGCGCGCUUCUCCGGUCAGCCAUCGGAAGACAGACAUGACAUCUUUACCCAGGCCUCCAUGUUGUCCGGUGACCUCUCUGUGACGCCAUGGCGGAAAUUCCCGAGGAGGCAGGGUGUGUGUGUGUGUGUGUGUGUGUGCGUGUGUGACAUAAUGGGACUGGACA